GUGUUUAACCAAAAAUCUACAUGCUACAGUAGUCUCUGACGGAAAUUGAUGUUACUCGUAUCGUUGAGCGUCGUGUCAAAUACAUUCGCCUAGAGACAUCAAUGUGUACUGGAAAUGGUGUGUAAAGAGGACGUGGUAUCGUGGUUUAAUGAGUUAGAAAGCUACAAAAGAAUCGAAACAAUGUGUACCCUACUAAAUAUGUGCCUUCCGUUUGAACUACGAUUUUUAGGCACAUGCAUAGAGGGGCUCGGCCGUCGAGAUUUUCAGUUGCUCAGAGGUGUUUCCCACAGUGUAAACACGGCCAAGGAAUUGACCGCCAUAUAUGAUUCUUGUCUGACAGGAGGCCCGUCGGACCAGAGGAUACGUAGAAAAUUAGCGUUAUACGUCGCCCUUUUACGUUUUGGCAAGAUAGAUUGCGUAAAUGACCUGUUCAGGGUCCUUGCUGGAUGGGAUUUUAAUGAUCUCUUGAAUGUCCCUUCAGGAGUUGCUCUGGAAGAAAUCUUACUUUUGUACACAUUAGCUCAUUGGCAUCCUGUUUUUAAUUUUGAACAACGACAGCAUUGUGGAAAUAUAGUCAAAAGGCUCACAGAGGAACGCCUGUCACACAAUUCUAUGGGUCAACAUGCACAAGGGGGAUUAAAGAAUCUUUCGAGACCUUUCACACAAAUGCCUGUUAAUACUGCAGAACACAUACCAUUGGUUGUACCGGCAGUACCAAUAUCAAAUACAAACACAUCACUAUUAAAUACUGUACCGCAUCAUACUCAAUCAGUAUCUAAUGUGCAAGUUGGUCCUGAAGUGUCUCCGAUUACAAAUAUAUCACCAGUUUCUAAUAGUUCCACAAUAUCUGCUAUAUCUUCUGUGCCAGUAAUACAAUCUACUCAUCUAACUAAUGAAGCAUUAUUACCUGGCGGGCAUUUAUUACAACCUGUUAUGACUCCACGAGCCGAAUUUACUAUUCCACAUGGUCCUUGGUCAAGGACUACUCCUCCAACUGUUUCUGCAUUAGGCCCACAAUCUCAUGCAGAGCCAGUACUUCAUAAUACACAAACAGCAUCGUCUCCUAUGUUAAAUCAGUCUGAUUCUCCAGUGCACAGUAGAGCAAGCAGUCCUAAUAAUAAUCCAUCAAGAACGAAUAAUCCCCGGCCACAAGCAAUUCACAUUAAUAGAAUGCAAAGGCGGCCAUCUAAUGACCCCACACCGCCACCUUCUGUUCUUAUACCAUCGCAAGCUCCUCUUUCUGCUUCUAUCUCUGCUCCUACGAUAAAUCCUUUGCCAAUUCCUCAUGUUACUGCUUCAGCUAUUGUCACAACACCAGAUACUCAAACACUGAUAACGCAAACAAAAGAUUUUAUAAGACUAACUAAAGGAGAUUUGACAAAAGCUGGCUUGAAACAUUUAAGAAAUUUUACAUUGCAUGAGGUUUCCCAUAUGGAUGAAGAUAAAAUAGGAAUUCCAACUGGCACUAUGAAUGAAUUACGAACUAUUGUAAAUUGUAAUGGUUACUGUAUAUCAAAUUGCACAAAUCCUGUUCAAAAUCAUGGUCCGAUCAGUGUGAAUCGAGCCAAACUUAGUCAACCACCGCCAGUGACGUACUGUGCAUCACAGCUACAAGCGCUUAGGUUAGACGCUGAUAGCUCUUUACAUCAAUCUAGUGCUAGUGAAUCGGGUAGUUCAGGAAGUGCAGGUCACUCUCCCCCUGAUACGCCAGCCUUAGGUGGGGUCAGCAGUAGCAACAGCAAUCGAACAAAGGAGAGAUGCCGAUUGAAUGGUAGGCCUGAAAAAUCUUUUACAAGACCUACUUUGAAUGACACAACUAGUAGUGGCCCUACAACAGUGGGUAUGACAGUAACUACACCAUAUUAUAUUCCACAUCAUUUUACCACUACUACGAGGUCAAUGUUCGGUUUUACUCAUUCAUAUCGACCUCCUCCCAUUCCUUUCCAACCGUCGCCGAACGGCGAUAUUGUUUACCCCUUUCCUCCGCAUCCUUAUUUGCAACCUGUACCUGUUUACCCUCCUGCAGGAGCGUUGCCUAGAUCAUGUUAUAACUGCGGUGGAAGUGGUCACUCCGGUGUAGAUUGUAAAGAGCUCACGAUGGAGGAGAUUGCCCGGCCCGGGUUGUAUCAACUAGAUUACACAACUGCGACCGGAGCCACGCCCACGCAGGAUCUGGCGACGGACAAGUGAGCGCUAUUGCAAUUGUACGCCAGAGGCCUAAUUCCCAGUGUGUGAUUCUACCAAAUUUGUUUUUAGGGCCAUAAACUGUUUGGAACAGUUUAAAAAAAAAAUAGUUAAUUUAAUUUUAUGGUCUUUGUUUGUCAUGCUAUAUUAGCUAGCCAGUGAUAUACUUUUUAUGCUCGGAAUUCAAAUAGGUUUGGAAAUCCAAAUUUAUUUAAUUCUCUAGGUAUAGUUUUAGAUCGUAAUAGUGUAACCUAAUUACUGUAUGUUUUAAUGGCCGACAAACUGAAUGAUUGCGAUUAUUUUAUUGUUGUUUGUUGAAAUAUUUAUUGAUAAUUUUUUGAGAGAAUUAAAUGUAAACUAAGGAUUAUGAG